AUGCCAUUGAGACAGCAGAAACUGACUUUGCGCAGAGGCGGACGCGGUGGAUUCACUCCCCGAGGCGGCGGUGACCGCGGUGGUCGCGGAGGCGGUCGCGGCGGCUUUGGCGAUCGCGGCGGACGUGGAGGCGGUCGUGGCGGUGCCCGAGGUGGCUUUGGUGACCGCGGUGGACGAGGCGGAGGCCGUGGCGCUCCCCGUGGUCGUGGUGCGCCGCGUGGUGGAGGACGUGGUGGAGCCCGAGGUGGAGCCAAGGUCAUUGUCGAGCCCCAUCGCCACGCCGGUGUCUUUGUCGCCCGCGGCAAGGAGGAUCUCCUCGUCACCAAGAACCUGACGCCCGGUGAGAGCGUCUACGGCGAGAAGCGCAUCAGCGUUGGCGCCGACAAGCCUGCCAACGGCGACGAUGCGCCGCCCACCAGCACCGAGUACCGCGUGUGGAACCCCUUCAGGAGUAAGUUGGCCGCCGGUAUCCUCGGUGGUGUCGACAACAUCUACAUGGGCCCUGGCAGCAAGGUCCUCUACCUCGGUGCUGCCUCCGGUACUAGUGUGUCUCACGUUGCCGACAUUGUUGGACCCGAGGGCACCGUUUUCGCCGUCGAGUUCUCCCACCGCUCUGGCCGUGAUCUGAUCAACAUGGCCACCCACCGCACAAACGUCAUCCCCAUUGUCGAGGAUGCGCGUCACCCGCUCAAGUACCGCAUGUUGGUCGGCAUGGUUGACUGCAUCUUCGCCGAUGUUGCUCAGCCCGAUCAGGCCCGUAUUGUUGGUUUGAACGCCGGUCUCUUCCUCAAGGUUGGCGGAGGUAUCGUCAUCUCCAUCAAGGCCAACUGUAUCGAUUCGACCGCCGCACCUGAAGCCGUCUUUGCCCAGGAAGUCGCCAAGCUGAGGGAGAUGGGCAUCAAGCCCAAGGAGCAGCUGACGCUCGAGCCCUUUGAGCGUGAUCACGCCAUGGUUGUUGGUGUCUACGAACGAUCAACAUGA